GAGUGUCGUCCCAGGACCAGGAGCGAGCGGCCGCAGCAAUCACAACAAAAUCUCUCGAAACCGUCGCCCCUAAAUCAACACAUCUCUUGAAACAACACAAGAAACCGGAAGAGGAAAAAAGUUUAACGAGCCAAAAUGAUGACACUUGUCCAGCAAAGAUUUUCGUGUCGUCUGUAUUGGGGCUUCUCUUCCAGCUGCCGAUGGAUGGCAAAGUUCAACAGACUUGGUGACACUUCACUAAACAAAGUUGUGGUGACUCAUACAAGUGAAACGUUAACUGUUGGGAUAUCUUUUAGAUACAGAAAUGAUGAUUUAAAGCUUAAUAAAAUCUUCAAUUUGCAAAGAUCACCUCAUGAGCAGUUAAAUGAUGUCUUAGAAAAAAUUAGUGUUAAAAUUCAAUGUGCGGUGAUGAAUAAGAAUAGGAAAAGGGAGAAUAUUGGUGUUGUUGAAAUUCCUGUUAAAAUGAUCGCACUUGGUGACAAGAAAGAGAUAUUGUGUGCCCAGGAAGACAUGACAUGUCACCAAUCAUUUGUUAUGCAUGGCUCAAAACACAAUUUGGUUAUUGGAAAAGAAGAGUAUUAUAUAGAUGUUAACCCUCCCAUUAUAGAGACUGCAGAACUUCCAGCUAUAAUUGUUGCAGGGUUUUUAGUUAAUUUAAAGAAACUUGAGGUUGUGUUUGCCAGCAGAGAACAGUGCCUGUUUAAAUGGUAUGUGAGCGAUACAAAAUUUUCCGGCAAGCCUCGCGAUGAGGUGCCCCGUUCUAAACAUCUUACCGAUAAAAUCAAAUGGGUUGAACUAGGGGAUGGAUUCUUUUGCAUGCCUACUGAUGAAGAUAUUGGAAGGUUACUGAAGGUUAUUGUUACACCAUGUUCGGGAGAGCGCAGAGGGGAGGCGGUGGAGGUGUUGUCGUCAGUGGUAGUAUCGCCCGGCCCUAGUGAAUGCCCCUUCCAGAAACGCCAUCAUUUUACCAAGGAGAUGGCAGGAGACAACAGCCUGCGUGUGAUUUCGUACAAUAUUCUUGCUGAAAUGUAUUCCAAUUCAAACUAUGCUCGAGAGGAAUUGUUCCCAACGUGCCCCGAGCAUGCUCUAAAUGCCGACUAUCGUAAGCAGCUGCUCAUUAGAGAGAUUAUUGGCUAUAAUGGGGAUGUAAUAUGCCUACAAGAAGUAGAUGAGAAAGUAUUCUUUCGGGAUAUUGAACCUCAUCUCAUGAAUGAAGGUUUUGGUGGUUUCUAUGAUGCUAAAGGACAAAUUAGUGAAGGUCUCGCUAUUUUCUUUCGACACAGUAAGCUUCGAAUGCUUGAAAGGCGACGUUUAGUAUUGACUGACGAGCUGCAGAAAGAAUCAUUUCUCGCUGGUGUCUUUGAGAAAGUACAGAAGAGUCCAGACUUUCUCAAAUUGCUGUCGCAUGUACGCACAGUUUUACAGGUGAGUGUGUUGGAGAGUGUAGAAGAUCCCUCAAGGUUAAUUGUGAUUGGUGCCACUCACCUGUUCUUUCAUCCUAAUGCCAGUCACAUUCGUACGCUGCAAGCAGGGAUCAGCAUUAGCAUCUUAAAUCAAGUCAUAAUGCAUUAUCGUAAUGAGUAUCCAGAUAAGGAAGUUUCCCUGCUCUUUUGUGGGGACUUCAAUAGUACCCCCAAAUCAGCAGUUUACCGAUUUAUGACGAAGCAACACGUUGGAAGUGAUGAUGAUGUUUGGAAAAGCAAAUAUAGUGAGUGUGUCGAGGGUAUGUGCUUGAGUCAUGAUUUGGACUUGGCCAGUGCCUGUGGGUGUCCUCCAUACACUACCUAUACUGUCACCUUCUCUGGCUGCUUGGACUACAUCUUUUAUCAGACAGACAAGUUUAUUGUGAAACAGGUGAUACCGAUGCCAUCUCACCAGGAGGUUACCGAGUAUGGUGCUCUUCCCAGCGUUACGUUCCCAUCCGAUCAUAUCCCUCUCAUAGCUGACUUAGAAUUCAGAAAGAGCUGAAAAUUGAUUUAACAAAAUGAAUCAAUGCUUCGUGUAUUUAUUUACUGUACUUUACCUUAUCCACUUUCUAGCUCAACUCUAUUAGUAUUUGUUAUAUUAAGAAUGAGAUUUAUCAAUGUGGAUGAAUAGCAUGGGGAAGAGGUGUUAGGGCUCUCCCUGGGGUUAGAAAAACUCAUCAGAGGUUUGUGUGUUAAAGAGCAUCCAUAGUGUAAAGGGAGCUAACUACACAGUUGAUGCUCCAUAACAUGGCAACCAGCAUGGCACCAUUUGAGAAGAAAUGUUGUGCAUGUAACUCGAAGAGGUGAGAUUUUUAUUUUAUUUUAUUUUGAUUAUAUUUUUUGUGGGGAGCCCCGUCGGCUCCCUUGAAGCUAUCUGAACUGAUAUGUACUAUAUUAGUUUGGGAACCAUCAGUCACAGGAGUUCUUAUGCCUUGUUCAUCAUCUUGAGACCUGCGGUGCUGCCGCCUUCCGCUACUCCUUUUACUUUCUGUAGUUAGCUUCAGGGAGCUGAUGGGGCUCCCCACAGAAAACCAGCAUUGAAUGUAAUGAAACACCAUUUUCUCGGUGAGUCCCAGAGGCUCCCUAACACCCUCCCUCCCUCCGGUCGGCGGUUUUUCAUCGUUCAAGAACUGGUGUGGUGGGCUGCUGGCUCCCCCUUCCCCCCCGAGGGAGGGGUAGUGUUAACGAGUAGAAGUGCUAGUCGCAUGAAGGGUUGCUUGUUUGGUUUCUUUCUAGUGGAGUUAUUUUGAUCUUUUGUGAUGUAGAUUGCACAGGUUAACCAGACAGUGGCCUGUUUUGAUUCACCUUCCUUCCUAGGUCCUUUCCCAGUCAAUGGCAAUUAUGACAUACUUUAAAUGUAAAGUGCUCAUAGACCAUUGCUCUCUGCGCCUCUCUGAGGGGACCAGGUUCUGGCUUGUGGUUCCCAGUGGCAUAAGGACUCCUGUGACUGAUGACCCCAAACUAUUAUAGCACAUAUCAGUUCGGAUAGUUUCAGGAAGCCUCCGGGGCUCACCCAGAAAAUGGCAUUUCAUUACAUUCAAUGCCGUUUUUUUUUUAAUUAUUGUUACAUAAAAAUGUGAUUGAGAUUUCUGGUAGAUUUUAUUUAGCGAUUUAAUUUGCGUUUAUUAGGGAAGUUUCCGUGGAUGUUUAAGGUGGCUGGUCCUCUCAUGCUGUGUGUGACGAGCCGACACAACUAAAUGCUCUUAGCUUUUGGUGUUAGAUCUAGUGCUGUAUUAUACUGCUUCAUUUAGACUUAUUCGUGCAGGUAAUAUUUUGUCUCAGUCCCGCUGCAGAAAGUAAGAUUUUCUUGCAAUGUCAAGUUUCAUGAUUGUUAGACCAUAUUUUGAUGUGUUUAAAUAUACACUAUUUGUUAAGCAUUUUGUAUUUUUUACUUGUUACUGUAUAUUUUGUUGAACUAAAUAUACUUUUUAUCAAAUACUGUA